ACUGCAUCCAGUCCACGGAAGACUUUCUCUCCUGACACUUGAGGCUGAAAUUCUGGACGGCCAGUGGAAUUUGCUAAAGUUAGAUGUACUUUUUGCACUACUUUGACAUAACAAAAUCUCAUACACGCACAUGUACCAGCACGUCACAUAAAUCUUUUGAGGAUUACCUGUGUAGAUGAGAGUGCUGUGAAUGAAGAUGCCUCAAUCAGUACUAGUCACAUUAUGGGCACUCUUAUUUGCAUUGUCAGGAGUACAAGGGGGAAAGGUAUUGGUGUUUCCUCUGGAUGGAAGCCACUGGGUAAAUAUGAAAGUCAUCAUUGAGAAACUCCACUCAAGAGGCCAUGAUCUGACUGUGAUACGAGCUUCUAACAGCUGGUAUAUUAAGGAGGAGUCUCCCUACUACACUUCAAUCACUAUUCCAAAUGAAGGCGGGUUUGAUGAGAAAUUCUUUAGUUCAUUUGUCGGACGGAUGUUGGAGAUCCGGAGAGAGGGGAGCUCUUUUUGGACUCAGUUUCUUCUUGAGUUAGAAAUCAUCUACAAAUUCAGUGACCUGCAUGAAGAUAUGAUAAAGAUAAUGACAAAAAUAUUUGAGGAUGAAGGCAUGAUGAAAUCAAUCCAGGAUGCCAAGUAUGAUGUAAUCCUAGCAGAUCCUGCUGUUGGAGGUGGUGCAAUUUUAGCAUACCGCUUUAAUAUUCCUCUGAUUUUCAAUGUUCGGUGGACGGUCCAUGGAGAAGGCCACUUUGCAAUAGCACCCUCUCCUCUCUCUUACGUACCUGUCCCUGGAGCAGAGCUAACAGAUAAAAUGACAUUCUCUCAAAGGGUUCAGAAUGUUUUGUGUUAUAUUUUUACCCUCUUCCAGGCGGCAGUGAUCACAGGUCCUCACUACAAAGCCUUCUGUCAGAAGUACUUUGGGCCUGAUCUUGAUUACUUCUCCCUCUUUCAGGAUGCAGACAUCUGGCUCAUGAGAAAUGACUUCACUUUCGAGUUUCCAAGACCCACAAUGCCAAACGUGGUCUACAUGGGUGGCUUCCAAUGCAAACCUUCUAAACCACUUCCUGAUAAUCUAGAAAAGUUUGUUCUAAGUUCUGGUGAGCAUGGUGUCAUCAUCAUGUCUUUAGGGACUAUCAUCAGUCAACUUCCACAAGAUAUCACUGAAGAGAUAGCGGCCGCCUUUGCCCAACUGCCUCAAAAAGUCAUUUGGAGGUACACUGGACCUCGACCUGCUACCCUUGGCAACAACACGUUGCUUGUGGACUGGAUGCCACAGAAUGACUUCCUUGGUCAUCCCAAGACUAGGGUGUUUGUAGCGCAUGGAGGGACCAAUGGUGUUCAGGAGGCUAUUUACCAUGGGGUGCCCCUUCUAGGCCUACCUCUGCUUUUCGAUCAGCCUGAUAAUCUCUCCAGGAUGUGGAAAAAGGGAGCUGCAAAACUUGUGGACAUUGCCACUUUGGACAGAACUGUGUUUUUGCAGGCACUGAAGGAGGUGCUGUAUAAUCCAUCUUACAGAGAGAACAUACAGAGACUGUCUAGGUUGCAUCGAGACCAGCCCAUGAAACCUCUGGAUCGAGCAGUCUUCUGGAUUGAGUAUGUUAUGAGGCAUGGAGGCGCUCCUCACUUGCGCACACAGUCUUUCAGGAUGUCGUGGGUGGUCUACCACUCUGUGGAUGUUAUACUCACACUGCUGGGAGCCAUGAUCAUUAUUCUGUUUAUUACUGUUUAUGUGAGCAGAUAUUUUUGGCAUCAUGUUUUAUUUAGAAAGAAAAUAAAACAUGAAUGAUGUACUAUUCUACAGUUGUAAAUGCAUUAGAUACUGUUUAUCUACAUCUCAUUUCAAGUUUUGUGUUUAGUGCAGCCUAACAUGGUCUAGAUGUGUCCUACUUAAAAUAACUACCUUUGUUUGUUGGUCAGAAUUUAGAUGAUGUUAAUAAACUUCAUUUAUAUACAAGCCUAUGCCAUGACAUUCUUUGACAAAGCUAGUAGGAGCUUGAGAGGGAGAAUGAUCAACCCUGAGAUAUUUUAUAUACUAGUGUGCAGAAUUCUCAUGCAUAAAUAUUAAACAUCAGUAACAGAAACAGAGAACACAGCUCCCUAUCAUGUCUGCCCAUUGUCACACAAUGUUGCCUCAACAAGAAAGAAAAGAGAAUCAAACAUAUAUAUUUUUUAAAACUGCUCUCAUAAUGGAUGCAGUAGAUGGUUAAAAAAGUCCAAACCUAUUUCAAUUGUUGUUGGUUUUAAUAAAUGUUUUUUCCCUCUUUUUUUGGUUUACUCAGUGCUUUUUAAUGAAGUAUUUGUUCAUCUAUUCCAUUAGAGUGUCUUUAUCAAACAGAACCACGUGAAGGCAAUUUUCAACGUUAUGGCUCCCAAUAAGCAUGUACUGCAAAAAAACAAUAUAUUUGCAAGUGAAAUCAUUAUAAAUCUAGUUGAUGUAUCUAAUAUUUAUCUAAUAUAUAUCUUAUAUGUAUCUAAUACGUAUAGUAGCUCCUAAACAAAGCUUCAACAGUUUGGAGUCUUACUGAUACAGACUCUCUGUAACAAUGUCUCUAUAUCAAAGUUUUAAAUAAAACUAAAAUCUCUAUAUAAAUAUAA